UCUUCAUUCCCCUCAUAGUUAUUGCACGUAGCGUACAUACCUAAGGCAGGCACUGCCAGGCAGGUACUACUUACCAGGUACUAUGUAGGUUGCACAUGGUACGUCUCCAGCCACCUUCCAACUGGAUCUUCCCACCGUCAUUUCCGUCUCCAGCCAAUACAUUUAAUCCCUACCUAAACUGCCCAUACCAUCGGCUGCCGGCUUUUAUGUUGACCGUUACAACCGCAAAAUCGGUCAUCUUCCACCGCGACAUUGUACGUGUAAGGUCUAAGUCCAGGAGAGGUAAGCGGCUAUUUCGAUCAUUUUUUUUUAGAGGAAAAGGCGGAAAUAAAAUAAUUAAAAAAAGAUUGGAGAAUGGAUCCCGCUUCGCUUGAUCCUCGACUUCGCGACAUUGGCGAAGAUUCAAUCAUCGUCAACGAUCCGACAAAUCCGCAACCAUCACAAAUCACCAUUCCAGGUAUCCCCGCUUCAACAUCGACAUCGACAUCGACAUCAGCACCAGUACCAGUUGUAGCAACAGCAACAGCAACAGCAACAGCGACACAUAUACCAAACACGGCAAUACCAAUACCAAUCCUUGCACCGGUAUCAACAGAAUUCCCCGAUUCCCCGCUUCAGCAGCAACUCCAAGCUCAAGCAUCAGUCUCAUCACCAGGUCCAUCCGCAACCGUUUUCACCCCUCAAACACCCAAUGGCCACCCUUACGCUGCUACUGGCGACACUCCCAAUGCGCCGGGUACAACACCACACGACCCAAAUGAUCCCAAGCGACCCCGCGCUUGUGAGGCAUGUCGCGGAUUAAAGGUGAAAUGCGAGCCAGAUCUAGGAAACCUUGAGGGGCCGUGUAAAAGAUGUGCCAAAGCGGGACGAAACUGCGUUGUGACGCAACCAACACGGAAGAGACAGAAGAAAACAGAUAGUCGUGUCGCUGAGCUGGAGAAGAAGAUAGAUGCUUUGACUGCGACCUUGCAAGCAAGCAGAGGAACUCCCAAUGCUGUUCAAUCACCCCCAUCGGACGACCAGGGAUAUGGCUUCGUUCAUGGUCGCGACUCGACCGCAAAAGAUUGGGGUCCUCCGCCGCUCCGGGAUCAUCAACCGCAACCUCUUUCUCAACCUCAAUCUCAGUCCCAUUUCCCGCCACAGUCUCAACCCCCAUCCAUGCCUGAGCCAGAGCGCUCAUUUGUAUCGCCUGCCACAAUGGCCGGACAGAAGCGGAAGUACACCGAAUCUACCCACUCUCCCGAUGUGGCUGGCGCUCCACCAGCACCGCCGAAACCAGGUCCCGGUGCUGAGCAGCCGGAUGUUGUUGAUCGCGGAUUGAUAACCAUGAGCGACGCUACAGCCCUUUUCGUACGGUAUAUGGAGGAUAUGUCACCCCAUCUACCAGCUGUUGUCUUCCCCGAAGGCACUAUAGCUUCCGAAAUUCGAAAGACGAAGCCGACCGUAUUCCUCGCCAUCCUAGCAGCUGCCUCGUUCGAGACGCCUAAACUUCAACGCCAACUUGUGAAAGAAAUUACGCAGAUAUUCGCUGAUCAUAUCAUCAUGUCGGGGAGAAAGUCGUUAGAAUUGGUACAGGCCCUUCUGAUCAGUGUUAUUUGGUAUUAUCCUCCGGAACAUUUCGAAGAACUCAAGUUUUACCAGUUUGUGCAUUUGCCGGCUGUCAUGGCCAUUGAUAUUGGCUUAGGACGGAGGAAGUACAACCCAAAGUCUCGCCUUGUACCGUAUACUUGGCGCGACCAUCCUUUUAGGCAAAAACCUCUUCCCGAUCCUACAUCGAUUGAAUCACGACGGACGUGGCUUGCUGUGUAUUUUCUCGCGUCAAACGUAGCCAUGGCCUUGCAUCGCCCCAACUUGAUCAGAUGGCAGGCUUUCAUGACCGAAUGCAUGGAUAUUCUUGAGUCUUCUCCUCAAGCUGCACCUACCGAUCGGUACCUCUGUCAUCUUGUUUGGACGCAUCGGCUUGCUGAGGAGGUCGGUAUUCAGUUCUCUAUGGAUGACCCCGGAGUUUACAUCAAUGUAUCAGAGCAGAAAGUCCAGUAUGCUCUCCGAGGAUUUGAACAUGACCUUGCCAAAUAUAGCGAAUCUAUUCCGAAAGCAGAGAGGAAACCCUCGCUCCUCCUUAGCUUUCACGUGCUGAAUCUGUAUAUGCACGAGAUUGCCUUGCAUGUCGAUAAGAGUCCAGACGAGUAUCGACCCCCUUGUAGUGCAGAUUCUCUCCGAGAACCGAUUCCUGGACUGGACGACUCUCUCACACCCUCGCAUAUUAGUGCCUUAUCAUCUUGUCUUACUGCUAUUGAUGGCAUAUUCGAGACAUUCUUAUCCAUGGACAUCCUCAGUAUCCGCUGCAUUCCAAUCUUUAGCUUCGUUCGGGUUGCCUAUGCUGUUGUUGUCCUGAUCAAGAUUUACUUCAGCGCCAGCAACUCAAACUCCGGACUAGGUAAGGUCAUUAAUAAGGAUAAUAUGAAAGUCGUGGAGUAUCUCGAAAAGCUUCUCAGUAAAUUUCACGAGGUGGCCGCGUCAGAUAAGUCACGCCCAGCCAGCAAAUUCCUUCUCGUCUUAGCGAUGAUUCGGUCUUGGUUCCACAAACAGGGCCAAGCCCAGAGUCAGGCAGAAGGUAAGGGUCAGAACGAUGGUCCGGCAAUACCUCAGCAGGCAUCAUCUAAGGAACAUACCACCAAUACAGGCCCGUUGCAGCCCCAAUCUCAGCAACAGCAUCCGCCCCAGCUAAAUCCUGGACCGGCUAAUACGCCACUUCAGCUACUUUCCGAGAUAGCAACCGGAAAUGGCCCAAAUCAAGCCCCGCCAGGCUCAGACGCGAGCAAUUCCCAAUCCUACCAAGCAUGGCUCCGUUCUGUGCCGCAACCGUCACAGCCAUUCUUGUAUAACCAACCACCCCCGAGAGGUAUCCUUGGUAUGAAUAUCGACCCCGAAAAUGCACUGCCGCCGUGGAUGGGUCCAUUUGGGACAGGCGACUUUGACUAUACGAGUCUCGGAGACGGCUUCGAGCAGGCAAUGGGGCUUACCAUGACGGGAUUUGGCGUCGGCAGCCCCGGCGAUAGCUACGAGGACACCAUGCGCUAUAUGAUGCAGAAUGACAUGCUUGGUCCCAUAGCCCCCGAGACCUUUGGCGCCCCGCCCCCGCCGCCACAGGGAGGUUCCAAUGGGUCUUUCUACUCGUUUUAGUUGACGGAUCAUCUAUAUAUCAGCAAAAUAGUCCUGAAGGGGACAUCUACGAACAUAGCUAUGGCUUAUGUAAUGGCGCGAUACUUAUCUCGUUGUAGGCACGGAGCUGGUAGCCUUACGAAUUUGUUGCGAUAUGUAUUAUACU